AGUUCAACCGUAGGUAAGCGUUGGUCCCAGGCGUGCCUCUCUGUAGCCUGAAAUUCUAGGGUUAGGUUUAGGUUUGGGUUUUCACCACCCAUCCUCUGAUUUCUGGUGUUUCCUGAAUUUAUGUUGUGCUUUCUCGUCUCCGUAAAUCUUAGUUUAGAGUUUCUUAGGUCCUUGUAUUGAUUUUUUUUUUCUUCUGAAAAUCUCGUUGUUAGGGUUUUGAGAGCUCGUCUCGUGCUCCUCCUCCUCUUAAAUACGAUAGCUAGGGUUUUAUCUCUGAAAACCUAGGUUUCCAUUAUGACUUCUUUUGACGAAGAAGAUGAAACCCUAGCUCAAUUCCUUGAAUCAGAGGUCCUUUCUCAGGAUUCAGACGCGGAAGAGACAACAGAAAGACCAAAGAAGAGGUUACAUCUGGACACUGAAGUCGGAAGUUCACCAGAACUCAUGCCUGUGAAUAGAUGCAAUUGUGACAAUGGCAAUAACAAGAAUCCUGUGGAAAGUGGUGAUGCCAUAAAAGUGGGACCCAUAUUUCGGUCAUAUGGGGAAAGCUCUCAGUCUAGUUUUUCCUGUCACGGUCAAAGGCAUAUCGAAAGUGGAAAUUUCAGCAAGAUACCUCCGGAACUUUUUCAUCAUAUACUGAAAUUUCUCUCAUCAGAGGAUCUGAUUUCUUGCUCAUUAGUUUGUCGAUUCCUGAGCUUUGCUGCAUCUGAUGAAUUCCUCUGGCGUCGUUUAUAUUGUAUGCGGUGGGGUCCAUCAUCUACAGGGAAGCCACGUGCCUGUGCCUGGAAAAUGCUUUAUAUUCAGCGUGAUCGAGAGGACAUGGUUGAAUUUGUUAAGAACACUCCAUCUGAGUUCAAGGAGUAUUACAUUCAAAUGCAGGCUGCCAAACGAAGCCAAGCACCUCUUCCUUCACAAAUGAAUGAUGAUAAUAUUAUUCUCGACAAAACAGUGGCUGAUCAAGUUUCCAUAUGGAAAAGCAGUAGAGGUCUCACUGAUGAAUCUGUGGCUGGUCAUACAUGCUCAGGAAAUACAUGCUCUUAUUCCCAAAUUGGAGAUGUAUAUCUCUGUGAGAAGACUGGGCGUGUUCAUGUGUGUGAUGACACAUGUCGGGAGACGCUUGUGGAUUCAUUCGGUGGAUUUCUUGUGUGUGCUAUAUCUGGACACUGUUCUGAAAGAUGGUUUUCUUCAGAGGAGGAAAUUGAUAAUGACCAACAACUUUGCGGUGUUACAGAUGAAGCAGAGCCUUUCAUGGGUUCCGGCCGAUUUGCACGCGCAUAUCUGUUGGGUUAUAACUGUGAGGAUGAGGAGGAGCUGGAGCGCGCAUUGAGGUUUUGCUGAUCUUUCUUGGUUCCAAAUGCCAGUUGGUGGAUUUUGCUGGCUUACGAGGGAAUUCUAUUAUUUCCAUAUCAAAGUUUGUGGACUGAAAUUAAUUAUUGAUGUGUUUCUGGCUGUAUGGCAUAUCUUAUCAUUUUCUCUCUCAUUACAACCGAUGUAGCGGUCUACACGGUUCGAUGUAUUUAAGUAUUUGGCGAAAUAUUAUGUAUUAAUGUUAAUUUCAAUCUGGCUCAAAUAAUGUUUUGCAAA